ACAACUAGAACAUUACAAGGCUGGGUCAAUUAUUUCACAUUGAGUGAAGUUGGGGUUUAUUUAUUUAUCAAUAUUCAAAAAAUUACAAGUGAAACUACCAAAACAAUGGCUCGUAAUAGCAACGAAAAUGAUGAAGACAAUAUUGACCCAGCAUCCGUCACUUCCAAUGUGAAGAACACUCUUAAACAGGAAGUAAUCAAAGAGCUUCUGAACGGAUCAUUCCAAGACAAUAAGACAAAGCUGGGCAAUGACGCACUGUCGCUGGUCGUGGAGGUGGCCAAAUGCCUGGUGACGGAGACCUGUCUGCGCGCCUCCAGCCACGCGCUGCGCGAGAGCUGCGACCGCGUCGAUAUCGAACAUAUUGAGAAGUGCCUGCCGCAGUUGAUGCUGGACUUUCCUUAAAACAAUAACACAGUUGGAACCCUGUUAUUUUAUGAAGAUCUUGUACCUUGAAACUCAUAGAGGAAAUUAUUUUAAAAAUUGCUAUGCCGAAAGCAGCUUUGCCCAUUCCUACCUCCCUAAGUAUUAGCUUCAUGCAUUUCUUAUUAAAAAGACUAUAUUUUUAUAAUUUUCAUUAAUAAAAGUGUUCUAUAUGGAAUAUAUAA